AUUUAUCCGGCAUAAAAAAGCUCAUUUUCUCAGAAAUUAACUUUAUCAUAAUCAAUAAAUAACUUAUCGAAGUGUAAUCUUUAACUUUCAAUGUAUUGACAAUCGACUUUAAUAAGAUGAUGUCGAAAAUUUCAACCGAAAAUUCUGUUGUAGUGGGUGUGCUAAGUGUAAUUGGAGUUGGUGUUAUCAGCAUCGCGACAUGGAUGAAUUGGGACAAACUCUUCUUUAAUAUCCGAAGAAAUGAGGAUGGAACUGUAGUCACAGCUGGUACUGUUGAUCAACCAAAUACUGACAGCGAAAAAGAAAGCCACCAAAUAAAGUAUCAAGUUGAUAAAGAUGAAGAUGAUUGCGAGACAAACAUUGAAAAGAACGUCACAGUGCAUAAUCCAGGAAUGGUAGGAGAUCUCUUCAAACAACGAGGAAACUUUAAUUCAGACAUAAAACGUAAAGGAGAAUUAAAGAAAUCUAAAUUUAAUUUAAAACAGAAUGUUCAAAUUGGUGCUUCUAAAGAAGAAGAAAAGUAA